CCAGUGACAAGAUGUUGGGCCACUGGUCAGGCACCAGGAACCAUAAAAUUCAACCUUGUCGCAUCGCUGCUCUACGUACUUCGUAAAGUGCCGAUCGGGUGUAGCGUGCACCGUGCACGCGUUAGAUGAAAACGAGGCUAGUCGCGUGAGCACCAUGAGCUCAUCCAACGACCUGACCCCACGUUCCGAAUCCGAAUCUGGGGUCAAGACUGGUACCUGAGGCUGGGAUGGACCCUUCGAAGCGCACGAAGGAGGCGUUGCUUGAGACUCUCUGUGACGCCAUAACACCGAGACACGAUGAUCCCGACCCUGCUGCCGGCGACGGCUACCUGAGCACGAUCUUGAAAGCGGUCAAGAUGGACGGUGCGCCGCCAAGCACCAUGAACGCAGCAAACGACUAUGCCACGAGUGCAGCGAAGGAACUGACCAUCAGGGAGCAGACUGCCGGUCUGAUCAAGACUACGCAAGACAUUGCAACCCUGAUUCGAGAUCUUCAGGAACUCUGGCUCUUUGGAGGUCUCGACACGCUUCAAAACCCGGCAGACGAAGAGGCGCAGAGGAAGAAGGCUGUGGAGGUUGCAGGCAUAAUCGAGGUUCUGGCGCAGCAGGAACCCAUCACAAAAACGCAAGACCAAGAGAACGGUCUUGGAGCUACUACAUGAAGCGGUCGAUCACACAACGAACACGCAAAGGCGGGGGAAGAUUUCAUGAUUGACUUCCUGCAUCAUUCCCGGAAUAACAUACAUUGAGUCCACAUGUAAUGCUGCGCGACGGAAUGAUCUGACACAACCGUGUGUACGCUCCGAA